CAAUAGUGGAGGAGCACCCGAGGAAUACGACGUCGUACCCUCCCCGGGAGCAAGAUCGUAGAAUGCGUAGUCAUUGUUGGGUUGCGACAGUGCAAUUGAAAGAAAAAGAAAUUGUUCUGACAAAUCUGUUGGAGGAAAACAAAAGGAAAGAAACGAUGAUUAGCAUUCUCACCCAGGAGCGGUUACUGGGAGCUUCACUUGGAGUGGUAUUAACGGGGGUGGUAGUAUUGGAACAACGCAGAUACAUCUAUGCUUCCAUUUCCAAUACCCAAUCUCACCCUCAGGUCAGAGAACCCAUGUUCGGGAAGAAAGCACGUUCUGAAUUUGCACAUUUAUGGAACAAAACUGUGGAUCAGACAUUUGGACCUUUGAUAAAGUCUCUCAGCUCACGAGGAUGGUAGAAAUGUUAUGAGUGAUUUGUUUUUAAUGCUAUCUCUUGUAAUUGUGAUAUCAUUUUCACCUUGACAUUCUGAAUUGUUUGUUAAAUGGUUGUGCCCACAGCCACAGGCAGUGCUAAUGACUUUUGAAGACCAAUGUAAUGCUUUUUGCAAUACUUAUGUGUCACUUUAAUA